AUGGGCUUCUCGCAAGACUUGUCCGAGCUCUUGACGUGCCUCUCGCUGGUGGCGGCGGUCAGCUACGUCACGGAUCUGCAGCUCUUCGCGGGCGUGUGCGUGGGCAUCCAGUGGCUCUCGGCGCUCUACGGCAUCCCCAACCAGACCGAGCGGUACUUCGACCUCACGGGCUCCACCACGUACGCGACGGUCUCGAUGCUCGCCUACUGCGUGAGCGAGUCCGUGUCAUGGCGCGACACGCUGCUCACAGCCUUCUUGUGGCUCUGGUGCGUGCGGCUCGGGUCCUUCCUGUACUGGCGCAUCUGCGAGUGCGGCAGCGACAAGCGCUUCGCCGAGAUCAUCGUCAACCCGCUGUGCUACCUGGCGGCCUGGAACAUCCAGGGUCUGUGGGUCUUCUUCACGCUACUGUCGGUGCUGCUCAGCGUCACGCACGGCAGUGACGACCCGGAAGUGAAGCCGCUCGACAUCAUCGGUACCUCCAUGUGGGUCAUCGGCUACGUUAUCGAGCUGACGGCCGACUACCAGAAGACCAAGUUCCGCCACGACAAGCGCAACGACGGCAAGUUCAUCACCUCGGGCCUUUGGGGCUACAGCCGCCACCCCAACUACUUCGGCGAGAUCCUCAUGUGGAUCGGCGUCUUCCUCGUGGCCGUGCACACGCUGCCGAGCUUGGCGCUGCAGUGCGCCGCCGCCGUGAGUCCGACCUUCAUGACGCUGCUCAUCAUCUUCCGCUCGGGCGUCCCGCUGCUCGAGGAGGCCGCGGACGAGCGCUGGGGCAACCUCAAGGAGUACCAGCAGUACAAGGCGCAGACGAGCGUGCUCGUGCCCAUGCCCAAGCGUCAGCUGCCCACGACGGAGCCGCCGCGCGCCAAGUUCGCCUAA